AUGGACUACGAAGUUAAUGCGAAUCAAAUUCCCGUUCUGGGCAUAGAACAAGGGCUGAUACCAGACAAUCUAGAUGGAUCAGUUAAAGCAGAUACAGCAACCAGUACAGCAAUGAACAUGAACGAUAAAUCAGAGAUAUCAAAUGACGGUAGCCAUUCUAUACAUACUAGUAAUCCAAAUAACAAUGGUGAAAACGGUAAGAAUGGAGGAAAACCAGCAUCGAAUGAUUUUGUAAGAAAACUUUUCAACAUUUUAGAAAGCAAUCAAUAUUCAAACAUAGUUAGAUGGUCAAAUACCGGUGACAGUUUUGUGGUGCUUGAUACAGGAAAAUUCACAACUCAGAUUUUACCGAAUCAUUUCAAGCAUUCUAAUUUUGCAAGUUUUGUCAGACAACUCAAUAAGUAUGAUUUCCAUAAAAUUAAAAGAACCAAUGAAGAAAGACAGAAAAGUAUAUAUGGCGAACAAAGCUGGGAGUUCGAGAAUCCUAACUUCAAAAUAAAUGAUGAAAAGUCGCUGGAUCUUAUCAAGAGGAAAACACCAGCCCAAAGAAAAGUUAUGCUGGAAGAUGCGAGCGCACCUUCACAAAAAACCCCCGAGUUGCUGUCAGUUCAAAGCGAAAACAAGUUAAAGUCUGCGCUGUUAAGCAAUACUGUAAAAAAAGAUAUUUUUAAUAACCUUAGGAAAAGAGUGGAUAAAAUGCAAAAAGAUAUGGAUACAGUUAUGAUGGAUAAUUACAAUUUGAAGUCGGAUUAUCAAAAACUCGCGACAAAAUAUAACACACUAUUAGACAGCUUAAUAACAUUUCGAACUGUUAAUGAGAACUUAAUCAAUAACUUUAAUGCGCUAUGUAAUGUUUUAAGUUCUAAAGGAGUGGAGCUACCUUCUUCAGUUUAUGAAAAUAUGAAUAUUAAUAUUCCUGUACCAAGUGGACAAUCACCAGUAAAUAUUUCACCUUCACCAUCUUUAGGAAUACCAAUAAAAAAUAGCACAAUGAGCCCUUCAUUGCCUUCCAUGAAAUCGCUACAAAAUACACCAUCAUUGACUGGUAAACUAUCUACAAAUCAAAGACUUGACUUACCACCAAAUAGUCAGGGAAUAUUAUCCGACACUAAUGUAGGACAAACUGAAUCGCCAGAAAUUCAGAUGCCAAUAUCCUCCAACUCAUCAAGCACAACCAAAGAGGUAGACCAAAAUAUCGUCUUAAGGAAAGGUUUUCAUGUAUUACUUGUAGAAGAUGACUCUGUUUCUAUCCAAUUAUGUUCAAAGUUUUUGAGAAAAUACGGAUGUACUGUACAAGUAGUAACUGAUGGUCUUUCAGCCAUAUCAAACCUUGAGAAAUUUAGAUACGACUUAGUAUUGAUGGACAUAGUGAUGCCUAAUUUGGACGGUGCAACUGCAACAUCAAUUGUAAGAAGUUUUGAUAACCAAACACCUAUUAUUGCCAUGACAGGUAACAUUGAGGAUCAAGAUCUAAUCACAUACCUACAACACGGAAUGAAUGACAUUCUAGCCAAACCAUUUACUCGAAACGAUCUACACUCUAUAUUAAUAAGGCAUUUGAAAGAUAGGAUCCCACUUUGUGACCAGAAUAGGGGGUCAGGUAUUACUUCCGAGUCACCAAAUCUUCCUCCUACGCAACAUAUUAUAAGUUCUCAGCAAAAUAAUGAACAAAACUCCUCACUUCCCCAAAGUUUACCCCCAAUACAUCCUCCAAAUCAUCAGAGUCCACUAUUCAACAAUAGAGCCUCGAAUAUUACACCACUAGCUCCAUUGAAUUCUGCAAUGUCUCCACAAUCUCCAUCACAUUUGGAAAGACCUUUAACCAAUCGAUCUCCGCUUGGUAUGACUCCGUUAAAUGAUGGACAGCCUGCAUUUAAGAAGCAACAUACGUAA